AUGCUUUCUCCCUCUUUCUUGCCUGUCUAUUUAUCUAUAAGGUCACAACAAAACAACACCACUAAAAACGAUAAUGUUGGAAUUAGGCAAGAAGAGAAACCAUGCAGAGCUUGUACAGACUUUCGUUCUUGGAUAAAGGCCCAAAAGUCUGACCCUAGAUUAACGAAGGUGGUACCUGAAAAACGUGCAGAUUGUCCCCUGGCACGCAAUGAGCUUGGUCGCAACACAUGGUCUUUCCUUCACACAAUGGCUGCUUAUUAUCCAGAUGAACCCACCACGCAGCAGCAGAAAGACAUGAACAUUUUUAUCAAUCUCUUCUCAAAGUUUUACCCCUGUGAUGACUGUGCUGAGCAUUUAAGGGAAGACUUGAAGACAAACCAACCAGAUACAACCUCUCGUCACAAAUUAUCACAAUGGCUGUGCCAUACACAUAAUCGGGUCAAUAUCCUGCUGGGCAAGCCUGAAUUUGACUGUAGUAAAGUUGAUGAACGUUGGAGAGAUGGGUGGAAAGAUGGAAGCUGUGAUUAA